AUGGAGAAUGCUCUCUUUCCUCCGAAAAGCACUUUUGAUACUUGGCAGUACUCCAGUUGCACUCUCUGUGUGAGUGACAUCAUCCUAGCCUUCCUGUGGGGACUGGGGCUCUUUUUCCUGUUACUCCGCUACCUUGAGAAUAAUGUAUCUUCACCACCUCCCAGGAAACAUGAAAACAUCAGGAAGCAUCAAAUGGAGCCGAAGGGGAGACGCAAGAUUAACGAGAAAAAGAGAGCUGUGAAAGCUUGCAGAAAUUCCCUGAAAGAGCUGGAAAAGGCUCGGGACCUGAUUUCACUUCUGCAAAGCCACCUGCACAAGCUCCCUGACAAGGGCGGCUUCCAUCAGCUCUCCUGUCAAGACCCGCUUGGUGAGGUGGGCAAAGCAGCGCCUGCUGCAGCCCACCAGCCCUGCAGGGAACCUGCAGAAGACGAUGUUCCUGCCGUGUGCCCAUCAGCUGCCCUGGUUCCUCUGACCCAGGGCUCUUUACCUGUGGCCUCCACCCUGUCAACAGAACCUCAAGACCAAUCCAACUUGAAGAGAGUCACCCUUGGCACUGUGGCAAAGUGCUCACCUCCAGGUAAUUCUUUUUUGGCAUCUACCACUGCAGCCAUCUUGAGUCUUGGCCUCGCAUGCUAUCACAAUUUGUUCCUGUCCUGCUGGUGGAAGAUUACCAAGGCCUUCUUCUUCCCCACCUCAUCACAGAGUAAGUCCUGGCAAGAACACCUGUCCCACCAGCCACCAGGGGCCCCGUCCUCGGGAGGGCCCACAGACAAGCAGGUAGAGACUGGUAGCCCCUUAUUUGUCAACCCUGAAGUCCAGAAGCUGCUGGAGCUUCUAAUCACCAAGAAAGUAAAACUAAACACUUGUAAGGAGAAAGAAAAGGAUGGGUCAUUCUCAGAACAAAUGAGCUCAGACUACCACCUGAACACUUUAGGGAAUAUGUGGAAAUCACUGGGUGCUGAGCAGGACAACACAACCCCUCAAUCUUUCUGGAACAUGAAAGACAACACAGAGCAGCUAGAGCAGCUACCUGGUCCUCAGCAGCUCUUACACUCCGAGGUCUUGAGGGACCACCUGGAACAGAAAUACAGUCAGCUCUACUGGGGUCUCCCCUCUCUGCACAGCGAGUCCCUGGUGGCUGUUAGGAGCGCUGCUCAACAGCAAGCACCCUUUGUUUUAUGCAGUGGAGUUUCUCAUGGCUUUUCAGUUUCAAUUCAACCUAGAAUACCUUUAGGUGCUUCCCAGGCCCCAGUCUUGCCCUGCCCGGGGGUCCCACCCCAGCCUUUCACUCAAAACUUGCCUCCCUGCCAGCCCCCACCUCUGGCUCAGAUCCAGAAGCAACUGAAAAGUGGGGAGCCUUCACCCUCUGUGGUCAAAAGAUCUCAGAAAGGCUUUAACCAACUCAUUCUCACCCUUCCUCAAGACAGGGGACGCUCCCAGGCCCAAAGGUCAGCAGUUUCCUUUCAUCAUGAGGACUUAAUUGGCCCUGAUCUCCAGAAGCAACAUCUUCAAAAGAGGCUCAUCAAAGAGCAAACCAAGAGGGGCCUGGCCCGCAGUAUCCACCUGUCUCCGUCUCUGGAAUUGAGCUCCUCUCAGUGCCAAUUUUUAGGGACUUAUCAGGCACAGGGCAAGCAGGGACCCUGGCAGCCCUCUGCUUUUACAGGCAAAAGGAGACUGGACCGACAGAAGAUAAGGUCCAGGUGCCCUAGGAGAUCCCAUAGGAAGGGUCAAAUACAAUUCCAACCAGGCCAGGAUUUCGGCAAGGGUCUAAGGCCAUGUCUGAGGAGGAUCUCAAAAGCUUCCUCCAGGACCAGCCUCCCAGUGAAGUUUCUGCAAAGAAACUCUGAAAAGGAGUCAGAAAGAUACUUGAUGAGGCCCUUGAAGAGUAACUCUGGAAACUGUUUACCCAGUAGCCCAGAGCAGAAACAUCUAGAAAAAUUCUUGAAAGCCCAUUUGAGCACAAAGUUGAGGCAGAUUAAUCAAGGUAUGACGCCUGUGAUGGUGCGUCAAUCCUGGCUUGCCGCCAACUAUGCUUCUUAUAAGCCCCACCCUCGUGAGGAAAUCAGAAAUCUAGCAUCCUCGAAGUACUGGAAACCCUGUGUAGACUCCUCCCGUGAGCUUUCCUUCCUCAGUCCAAGCAUUCGGCAGAUGCUGGAAGCACAUGUUAUAAGGUGGCGGGUAAGGCACAGGUGGGGCUUACCCAACCAGGCCUUUGAGCCCAUAAAUCUCAAGCCAGGUGGGGCUCAACCCUUGUCCUCUCCAAGGUCCACCUUUUCCCCCUCUGCCACCUGUCAAUCUAGAGCACACUCAAAAGCCAACUUGGCUAAUAAGCUCUCUGGAAAACCUCAGCCCCAUCAGGGAAUGAAAGUGAUAACAAAAGCAACAGUUCUCACCCUGGUGAGUCCCCUCCCUGUUCCCUCACCUGAGCAUACAGAAAUCCAGAGGGCCCUGGGACAGACUUCACCUGGUGACAGGUAUGGGCCCUCAGAGGCCCCUGUGACUGGACAGGAGGGCAGGCUGCCUUAUCAGAUGCCCAUAGUCAACCUCAUGGGCAGAAGCUGGGAGAAUGGGACUGUCUUGGGGUUUCCAGCCACUAGGAAAACCCUGUCACCACCAACAGAGUCAGUUGGCCAACCUCCAAAGGAGCCAUGCCUUAAAACACAGGUGGCUCAAGGCCGUGCCACUGGUGAGCUCCUUCCAGACUCUCACAGUGACAUCCUCCUUCAAGACUAUGCCAUUGGCAUGCCCCUCCAGGACUUUGCCACCAAUGUGCUCCUUCAGGACCAUCACACUGAUGUGCUCCUUUCUUCACACAUCUUGGCUUCUCACAGGUCUCUUUCUAGUUCCCAGAGGGAACAUGCUAGUGAGGACGCACCAGCUUUCCAGGUGGUGCCAUAUGACCUCAACGUCAGGGAACAGAGCAGCCGGGGGCAGCAGACAUUCAAAACACCACAACUUCAGGACCCAUUUAAAGGCCAGAGGGAGAUGUCGGCCCCAACUGAGGAGUGGAGGGACUUUCAGAGGCCCCAACCAAAAGAGCAUGAAGAAAUGAAGAGCCAGAGGGAGAUGCUCGCAUCAGCUGAGGAGUGGAGGGGUUUCACGAAGCCCCAACCAGGACAGCAUGAAGAAACAAAAAGCCAGAGCAACGUGCCUGCCCCAGCUGAGGAGUGGAGGUGCGUUAGGAGCCUCCAAGCAGGAGAACAUGAAGAAACGAGAAGCAACCAGGAACAACAGGAACCCAGGAAACCAAAAGUUAGGGACCCGUGUAAGGACCAGUUUGCCUCGACUGAGGGGAGGGAGGACAACUGGAAGCCCAAACCAGGAGAGUAUAAAGAAAGGUCUUCAGGACUAAAGGCUUCGCAAGCAAGUGGGAUGAGCCAAGCUUCUCAGGUCAGGGAAAGAGGAGAGUCCCUUGGGAGCAAACAUCCCCAGCUCUCACCAGGGAAGAGACAGCUUUCACCAGAAAGCCAAAAAAGGACGAAGCAGUAUGUCAGCCACGAUAAAAAAGGCAAAGGAAUAGAAGAAUCCCUUCAAAAAGGCAAGCCUGCAUCAGCCACCGCUCACCAGCAGAAACCAAUCAAAGGCAAACCUGUUGGAGAGAGCAGGGCUAUUGACCCUUGUGCGACUGCAAGAGCUGUUGGACAGGUCCUAAGAGAGAAACUGGGGCUUCACCAAGGACUCUGUGCCUCAAAGUUAAAUCUGCACCCAGAACAGCUCCAGGCCCCAGCACAGGGGCAUUCCCACCACCACAGGGUUCUCUCCUCUUCAGAACAGAGAAGGGUGUUGAAAGAUACAGCCUACAGUCACCAAGCCAGCCCCAAGGACCACAGCUACCUUAACAAGAGCAGGCAUACCACAGGCAGGGGCGACAAGUUAGCCUUCCCACCCAGGGAACUGGAGUCCCCAGUCAGACGCUGCCAGCAUGGACCAAGGCUGGCCGGUGACUCAGGCCACCUGCGCCAUCACCCAACAUGUCCUCAAAAAUGUGUUCCCUCUGGUCAGCCAGAGUGUGCUUCUCAUGCCUUUCCUGGGGGGAAAGUAGUGCCAAAAAAAGUUCAGUUCAUGGAAAGAAAACCUGCUUCUUCUCACGUUAACAAAUCAUCUAUGUGCUAA